AUGAAGCUCAUUGGCAUCAUUGCUUUACAGCCGGCCGCAGUCAUGGCCGCAGCAGUCGGCGGUGGUUGGCCCAGUCUCGAAGACAGAGCAGAGCCAAGCAUCUUCCAGAGUCUUGCAAAGCUUGGCCCCCUCAACAGCACCGGAUGCGUGGUUAACGAAGACGGGGCCUCCAACUUUGCCCGCGCCGAGACGGAGGGAAGCUGCACCAGCCAGCAGCAGCAGGUCGACCAAGGCCUCGCGCUUUGCGUCAAGCGAGCAAGGGCCGCCAAGAAGGCCGUCAAGGACGGUUCGCCGCUCUUCGAGCAAUACUUCAAGACGAAUGACUCCGGCACCCUCGACGAGGUGGCGGAAGCCUUUGGAAAUAUCGCCAUUGGCUGCGACAAGAACGGCAACAAGCCGAUCCGCGUCGUCUGCAGCCCGGCCAAGCGAUGCACCCUCCCUCAGACCGGCAAUGCGGAGCUAGCGGCGAUCGCAACGACCCAAGGGACCGGCGAGAGCUCGAUCGAGCUCUGCCGCGGCGCCUUCACCAUGGGUGGCGGUGGGCGUGGUCGCCAGCGCCGUCAGGCACAGGGUGGCCGGAGGUGCGCGGACAACCUGAUCGACAUCGGCGACUUGUUCGUGCACGAGAUGUCCCAUUCGACAGGGCGGACGGGAGAUGUCGUCUACGGCAAGCAGGGUGCCCUCGGCCUUACAACAAACAAGGCUUUGAACAAUGCCGACAGUUUUGCGCUGUUUGCUCAGGACGUCUCUGGGGCAUGCGCCGCCGAGCCCGGAAGCGGGACGCAGCCGCCAGACAACGGAAAUGACGGAAACCAGCGGCCUCCUGACAACGGAGAUGGGGGUAAUCAGCGGCCUCCUGACAAUGGAAUUGAUCUCAAUCAGCCGCCUCCUAACCAUGGAAGUGACCCCAAUCAGCCGCCUCUUGACGAUGGGAACGAGGGGCCUAUCAGCGGUGGAAAUGACACGCCUCCGAAAGACUCCCCAGGCUUUGACAACGGCGGCGACAAGGAGCCUGGUGAUGGGAGCCAGCCACCAAACAUCGGAGAUGGAGUCAAUGAGGAGCCUCCCAACGAUGAGAUUGGCGAGAAUCCCAACGAUCAGAUUGGUGGGAAUCCCAACGAUCAGAUUGGCGGGGAUCUCAACGAUGAGGUCCCCGCAGAUCUUAUCAAUGAGAUUAUCGGGAAUAUCGACGAUCAGAAUUUUGGCGGUGAUCAGACUGGCGGUGAUCAAUUCGGGGGUGAUCAGUCUGGCGGUGAUCAAUUCGGCGGUGAUCAAUUUGGCGGUGAUCAGUUUGCCGGUGAUCAAUUCGGCGGUGAUCAAUUUGGCGGUGAUCAGUCUGGCGGUGAUCAAUUUGGAGGUGAUCAGUUUGGUGGCGAGCAGCUCGGCAGUGAUCAAUUCAGCGGUGAACAGUUUCGAGGUGAUCAAUUUGGUGGUGAUCAGUUUGGUGGUGAUCAGUUUGGUGGCGAUCAGUCUGGUGGCGAUCAGUCUGGUGGUGAUUUUGGCGGUGGUGCCAACAAUCAGUUUGGCGGAAACGAGUUGUUUGGCGGCGACGGAUUUUCUGGUGGUGGUGAGUCUUUUGGAGGCGAUAGAGUUUUUGGUGGUAACGGGAUAUAA